CUCUCAAGUUCCACUUACAAAUAUAGGAGUGAGGAAUUUAAGAGACAGUUUUCUCAUCUGCCAGACUCGGAGAGACUUAUAGUAGAUUACGCCUGUGCACUCCAGAAGGACAUUCUGCUGCAAGGACGCUUGUAUCUCUCUGAAAACUGGCUCUGUUUCCACAGCAACAUUUUCCGAUGGGAGACCACAAUUUCUAUUGCCUUGAAGGAUAUCACUUUCAUGACAAAGGAGAAGACUGCUCGGCUCAUUCCAAAUGCCAUACAAAUAGCAACAAAAGGAGAAAAGUUUUUCUUCACGUCAUUCAGUGCAAGAGACAGAAGCUACCUCAGUAUAUUCCGCUUAUGGCAGAAUGUGUUGCUGGAUAAG